AUCAAAAAGUGUGAGGACGCCAUCUGCAUGACCUGCAACGGGGAGGAUUACCGGGGCUUUGUGGACUACACUGAGUCAGGGAUCGAGUGCCAGCGCUGGGACUUGCAGCACCCACACAAGCAUCCCUACCACCCUGACAAGUACCCUGAGAAGGGUCUGGAUGACAACUACUGCCGCAACCCGGACGGCUCUGAGCGGCCCUGGUGCUACACCACUGACCCGGCGCUGGAGCGCGAGUUCUGCCGCAUCCGCGUCUGCAAGAAACGCCCGCGACCCAUCAACGUCACCACCGGCUGCUACAGGGGCAAAGGCGAAGGCUACCGAGGCCGAGUGAACGUCACCGUGUCGGGCAUCCCCUGCCAGCGCUGGGACGCGCAGACACCCCACCGGCACCACUUUGUGCCCAGCAAGUACCCCUGCAAGGACCUGCAGGAGAACUACUGCCGCAACCCCGAUGGCUCAGAGGCCCCGUGGUGCUUCACCACCCGCCCCGGCAUGCGCGUCGCCUUCUGCUUCCACAUCCGCCGCUGUGACGACGAGCUGAAAGCACAAGAGUGCUACCACGGCCACGGCGAGCAGUACCACGGCCACGUCAGUAAGACGCGCAAGGGCAUCACGUGCCAGAAGUGGGAUGCCACGACACCUCAUGUGCCACAGAUGUCGCCCGCCACCCACCCUGAGGCACACCUGGAGGAGAACUACUGCCGCAACCCCGAUGACGACAGCCACGGCCCCUGGUGCUACACCAUGGAUCCACGCACACCCUUUGACUACUGCGCCAUCAAGCCCUGCUCUGGCAGCGCUGUGCCAUCUGUCCUGGAGAGUGCAGAUGCAGUGAAAUUCGAGGAGUGUGGCCGGCGGGAUGAGAGGCUGCAGCAGAAGCACCGUGUGGUGGGCGGGAUGCCUGGCAACUCGCCGUGGACCGUCAGCAUCCGCAACCGGGCCGGCGUGCACUUCUGCGGUGGGUCGCUCGUGAAGGAGCAAUGGGUGAUCAGCACACGGCAGUGCUUCUCCUCCUGUGAUGCGGACCUGUCAGGCUAUGAGGUGCACCUGGGGACGCUGUUCAAGGACCCCAGCCCCACCGACCCCAACCUGCAGGCCAUCCCCAUUGUACGCAUCAUCUGCGGCCCCUCUGAGUCCCACCUGGUGCUGUUGAAGCUGGCGAGACCAGCUGUGCUGAAUACGCGUGUGGCCCUGAUCUGCCUGCCGCCCGAGCGCUACGUUGUGCCUGCUGGCACCACCUGUGAGAUUGCUGGCUUUGGGGAAACCAGAGGCACAACGGAUGGCCACGUGCUGAAUGUGGCAAAGCUGCCAGUGAUGGCACAUGCUGAGUGCCAGGCAGAGCUGCGUGGGCGCCUGAAGGAGAGCGAGCUGUGCACAGCCCCGCUGCGUGCUGGUGUGGGUGCCUGCGAGGGAGAUUAUGGUGGGCCCCUGGCCUGUCUGACUGCCGACUGCUGGGUGCUGGAGGGGGUGAUCACCCCAUCCCGUGUCUGCGCCCGCACUGACCAGCCUGCCCUCUUCAUCCGCGUCUCACUCUACGUCGACUGGAUCCACAAGGUCAUGAGGAUGGUGUGAGCUGUGCUGCAGGUGGCACCUCCCCGCCCAGCCCCCAGUCCCAAUAAAGGCAGUGGAGCCAG